AUGAAAACGACAGUUAUAACUUCAAUAGCAGCAGCAAGCAACGACAAUGCUAAUGAAAACGACAACGGCGACGCCAAACUAACACCAUACAAGUGGAACUCCGGCGACGCCAAAACGACAACGGCGACUUCGAAGGCCAAAACUGACGACAGAGGAGAAGACAGUUUAGCGGAGGAAAUCACCGGCCCGAAUUCCUCGAAAUUCACUUCGCCGAAGGAGGAAACGGAAUCGCGCGAACGAAAUCCACAAGCCGCAGACGGAAUCGCCGACGGAGGAAACGGAAUCGCGAGAAUAGGGUGA